AUGAACAAUAAUAACUCAAAAAUAUGGGAUAUAGAAGCAACUGCACGAUCACAUUUGUAGCCUUCGUGGCAGCUCUAUGGGGGGUUACAACAGCACAGCCCAGCGGGUCAUGCGUGAGCACUUUGACCACCCUCUCUCCGUGCCUCAGCUACGUCACUGGAAACUCAACCACUCCCUCACAGAGUUGCUGCUCUCAGCUUGACUCUGUUAUCAAAUCUUCGCCGCAAUGCAUUUGUUCAGCCGUCAACAGUCCGAUCCCCAACAUAGGCCUUAACAUUAACCGCACACAGGCGUUGCAGCUCCCCAAUGCCUGCAACAUUCAGACGCCUCCCCUCAAUCAAUGCAACGAAGCCACUGGUCCAACAGCACCUUCACCGGCGGAGGAAACCACAGCCCCAGGUGUGACACUUACCCCUACCUCGUCUCCAGGUGCUCGUUCAGGAGUUAAAGGUGGUUCCAAGAUAACUCCCUCCGCUGGUUUCGGCUCGUCCACCGGGAACGUCCACCGCGUGCCGCAGCAUCUUCUUAUGUUUGCUGUAUGUGUAUUUGUGGUGUGCACCUCUUAUUUUCGUUAAUUAACUCUGAGAGUUCAUGUAUUUGAGAUUUUCAUUUUACUUACUGCUGUGCCAUGUUGAUAAGUGACUGAAAUCUAUUUGCAUUGCUAUAAAUUUUCUGUUGAUUGGAUCGAAUAA